AUGCUCGAGGGGAAACAGGGAAGUUCCUUUACCUGGAAAAGCAUAACCAAAGCUAAUCCUAUUCUCCGGAAAGGAUGUGCUUGGAACAUUUCAAAUGGGAAGAACACAAAGUUCUGGACUGACAUUUGGGCUUUGCAGGUACCACUGAGGGAUGUUGCAGUGUCGCCGAUCCCGGAGAUGGAGGCUCAAAAACCAGUAGCUGCUUACAUGAAUGAUGAUGGCCAAUGGCGGGUGGAGCUCUUCCAACAAUGGCUGCCAACGGAUGUCAUGGAUAAGAUCACGGCGAUAGCUACUGAUCCACUCUCCACUGAAGAAGACAGAUUAUGCUGGCAGCCCACCUCUACCAGGGAUUUCACAGCUAAAUCGGCUUACUGGAUUGCCUUUCCUGCGCCCCAGACUACGGAUCAGCAGACUUGGAAAGCAGUGUGGAACCUUCAAGUUCCGGAGCGCGUUAGACACUUCAUCUGGCUGGUUCUUCUCCAUCGCAUCAACACCAACAAAAGGAGGUUCGAAAGGCACAUAGCUCCUAAUCCUUUUUGUCCCAGGUGUGUUAAUGUGCCAGAGACCGAGCUUCAUAUCCUGAGGGACUGCCGGCCUCCCUCUUCUAUUGGACAAGAGAGGUGCCAGAAAAAAACAUGGUGGAUUUCCUGA